ACCACAGGAGUCGUUAUCGUGCCUAUCGACCAAUCAGCUGAUUGGAGGGAACACAUUAACCUUUUGAUUUUUGUAUUUCAUUUGUAUAUAGGUAGAAUUAAAGUUUAGCUAAUCACUUUGUAAGGUAUCUGCAGACAUGAGCAAGGCUGCUUCUCCUACCAAGUGGCGCACCUCGGCCAGUGUAAUCCUGGUGUCCAGAAAUGCUGGCAUUAGCGAAGACUACCAGGUGCUUAUGCUUAAGCGCAGUGAUGCCACGGCGAUGGUGGUCAAUCAGACAGUGUUUCCCGGUGGCCUCCUGGACUCCGAAGCGGAUGAAAGCGUAGCAUGGCUACAGUACUUAGAGGAGUUUGGUGUUCCAAAAGAGGCACUACGCCGCCUGGUUCUCACCCGCGACGAUCGUCCUUCUAUUUUGGCGCCCCAGGGCACUGGCUGCUACGAUCGGUUCUUCGAGCGUUCCCGCAUUUGGGCUCGAGAGAUUACACUGCGACUAACCGCAGUGAGGGAAUGCUUUGAGGAGGUGGGUCUGUUGCUUUGCCGGAGCCGGAACCAGCUGGAUUUCGGUGCGGUAACUUGCGCUCAGCAUGUCUUAGACCUGGAGUCGUGGCAGCGAAGGGUGCACAACAAGCCCACUGAGUUCCUAUCCCUCUGUCGCGAGCUAAAGGUGGUUCCAGAUUUGUGGGCGCUGCAUGAGUGGUCUGCUUGGGCGAGUCCGGGAUUCAUACGCAAAGGGCAUGAAACCGUUUUCUUUAUGGCUUUCGUCGACAAGCAACCCAAAUUACUGGAAGAACCAUCCGAGGUCAAGGAAACGCUGUGGCUGUCACCUUUUGAACUGCUGCGUCAGGGUAAUUUGGGCAAUGUUUGGUUUAUGCCGCCACAGGUCUACGAAUUGUCCCGGUUGAUGGGAAUUAAAGAGUACCAAAGUCUGUUGGAGUUUGCCAUCAAGCGCAGCGCAUUGGGCACGACCUUGUACUUGCCGGUUGGCUAUAACUGCCAGGGCUCUAUGGUUUUCGUUUUACCUGGCGACGACUUCUAUGUUUCCAAACCUCACUUGGUUCACGAAAUUAUCAGUUUUCCUGGGUCAGAAGAUGAGUUUAGAGCUCGUUCAAAGCAUCUGCAUCGCUAUACCUAUGGUCCCACGAUUCGGAGCUUGGAGUCAAAUAUGCCCCUGCCAAAUGGACACCUGAGCCCACUGACAUUUCAUCCGGAGCGCCAAAAGCUGUAAUCACAUUCCGUAGCUGGACGGGUGGUGACCCCAGCUGCUAAGCUCUGAUAAGAUGCUAAAUGUUACCCCAGAAAUAGGGCAGUCACAAAUUGGUGUUUUAAAAUUAUUUUAAGCGGCUUUAGCUGGCCAUCAAAUUAUCAAAACGGUGGCUCCGAAGAGCAUUAAUUAUUAUUUUAUGGGACAAAUUUUAAUUAAAAAUGUACAGUUAUAUUUAAAGUUAGUAGACACUUAGCUUAAGAUGAAGGUGCCCCUUUUCGGGUAUCCGUUUAUGGUUAGCACAUCAAAAGCGCAAAUCCAUGCAUAUUUAUGUCCGCCCCUCAAAAACCGCAAAUCGGAGUAGGAAUGAGAAUGGAGUUGAAGAGAGCUUGUGGUAGCUCAGACAGUAUAUAAUUUCAUCCCAUUAGAAAUACAUUUAAAUCACUUUGCGUACUGA